AUGAAGUUUCUUCCUUUGCCCGAGUUCGAAGACGUGACGAGUUCUCUCAAUUUCGACACUGCCGAUUGUCACAUUGUUGGGGGAUGCGAUCUGUACACUACCAAGGCUGCUCGAGCCGAUCGGAAACUGUACAAGAACAUUGAACAGUCGCUUGAGUCUCAAUAUGAAUCGGUUCUCCGUCUGUCAGCUUCGCUUUCACCUCCCAACGCAUCGGACGCGGCCGCCUCGCUCAACCUGUCCCGGUCGAGUCCUUUCGGUCCCCUGAGCGACCACUCCAGUCGACGAACAUUUGCCUAUUUGAUCGCGACAUUAAAUGCCAGUCAUCCGGACUAUGACUUCUCCCAUGUGCUGCGCCCAUCAGACUUUCAUCGUGAACGGAAUCUGAAAAGGGUUAUGAACACGAUCGAUUCAACAUUGUUCAAUCUUCGGCCACGCGAGGCCAUUGAUCUGACACCUCCAUCCCCCGUGACGAUAUCGGGUUCCUACAAUGCGGGCGCGUCUUCUACGUGGGGGCCGAGAAUGUGGAGGGUGAUCGAUGAACAUAUGUCUCUCAAGGAGUGCUCCCUAUAUUCGUUUUCGCCGGAUGAGGAUCCGUCGGAUGCGGACGAUGGAGCAAUCUGGAGUCUUCACUACUUCUUCUUCAACCGACUACGGAAACGCGUCUGUUAUCUGUAUCUACGAGCGAUCCCAAUCCUCAGCCACACGCCCAGCGAGGGACUUGCCACGCCGACAACGAAGAGAACGUAUGACGACGGAUACUUGACACCGGAACUUGGCUCGAGCAAGCGGGCCCGCUACUGGCUGGGCGAGGGUAUUGAACUCGAGAGCGAAAGCGACGAGGAAGCCAGUGGGUCGAAACCGGCGCAUCCAGUCGUGGACGAAUACGACCACUACCUGCUCAGCGAUGAGGAGUUUCGCUCCCGAUCGGGCAGCAAGGGCACCGUUCGGGCCAUGAGCGAGGAAAUCGCCGACUCGAUGGAGGUCUAA